AUGCUAUCAAACAGAUACAACUACGUGGCGCCCGCACGGGUUAAAGUUCUCGUGGUGCCCAUAAACCACCCGACUCCCGCGGAGUUUGACGGGUUUGUGGCCACUCUACGAGCGGGUUCUGAGAUCAGAUUGUUAGACAUAACCCCAAUGUCACAGUUAAAAUACUUCAAUCCCCAGUCUUUUCCGAGCGGUAAGUUACUCUAUGAGAUUCUGACGCUGGUUCCGGACAACGAGUCGAUUUUUUUACACGAUUUCGAGCCGUCCCGCAAAACAUUUAUUGUCCUUGGUGUUGGAAAGUACUCACCAGAUGUUGAUACCGACGGUGAGAAGUUCAAUAGUCAAUUAAAAAAGCUUUACCCAAGCACAAUUGUCCAGAAUACCAUCAUGUUCGACACCCCUGAUGAUAUCAUCAAAGUCCUCAAUCCUUCCAACAACCAUUCAAUGAAAUCGUGCUUUUAUUUCAACAGCACUAAACAGAACUUGACCCUCAUGGAAACCAUUAUGUGUGAAGUGUCGAGAAACUUCUUAUUCCAUUUGGACGAGUAUGCGACUUCUUACCAGAAUAUAACUCUUCGGUCUCCGGUGUCAAUUACCAACAGUCAGUUGUUGGCCAAAACCAUCAACAAGGCACAAAAACGCCUAUCAUCAGGUGGUACAGGGUCGUUAAAGGUGUCCUUCAAUAACAAUGGUACCGUCACAGGGCAAAUGGACGCGAAAAACAAGACCCAGGUCCGUAACAAUGGACGUCAAUCUAAGCUUAUGGCCUCGUUCUAUCUUUUGGCUGGAAAAUACGUGGAUGCUUUAAAUAACUUCACUGAUGCGUUAUUGUACUUGAGAAAGUCAGAUGAUUCGGUGUGGCUAGCAAGUGCUUUGGAAGGAGUUGGCGUGGUGAUAAUCUUGUUGAACCACAUAAGCGUACCUUACCAGUUACCAAAUGCUGUACUCGCAACGGUGCUACUGUUGUCAAAAGGUAAAAUAAGAGAUAUGAGCAUAGACAAUGUAGCCAGAAGAGUAUCAAAUGAUUCUUUGUCGAGGGUACCAAGCAACAGCAACAGUCCAAACGGCCAUGCUAUAACGUCUCCCCGUCCCGAUUUGGGCUUAGUGGCCGUACCCGAGUUGAUCAAGCGAAUCACCAUAAAAGUUGAUUCUUUUUUCCAGAACAGUACAGACGACUUUGAAAACACUGUACCCGAUAUUGUAUAUAUCGAGUCAUUGUUGAGACAGAUCAAUUUCAUGGUGGCAGUGUUCAACAGAGGUAUCGAUGUGAACCACGAAUUCUAUACGGGACUUGUGAACGGUACUAUUAAACCCAAUGGCCAUCGCACAAACCCUUGGUUUACAGCAGCAGAUAUUUUGCACGAAGUGGAUAAGAUAUUCUCUCUCCAAUUAGUUGAUUUGAACUUGGUUGAUCAGUGCAGAAUUUACUGUUCGAUUGCAUCCACCUACAACGAACUUGGAAUGUACAGAAAGAAAGCUUUUAUGUUAAGAACGCUUUUAGUGGAAAUCACUGAACUGGCUCCCGGUAACGGUGCAACAGGCUCAGAACAGGUGAAAGAAAUUAUUGAACUCUUAUUCUUUGAUUAUGGAAUAGACUUGAAUGACCAAGAGCUGAAGACUAACUCAGGCCUGCAAUGGAGGUCCAUUCAACUCCAAUUGCUAAAGAUCGCUAUCCACAUAUUCGAAAGCUUGGGUGAUCAUCGUUACUUGGUUAAAUUAUACAACUUGGCUUUGACCAAGUAUCUUCAUUGUCUUCCUCCGGAUGACCAAUUGAGAUUGAAACAGAAGUUGGAAGACUUAAAAGUUUCAAAUCCCGACUUACCACUUCCCUACUGGGAUCCGUUCCUUGUUAGGUCGGUAAAAUUUAUACCAAACUCCAAUAAAAAUGAGUUGGUUCCUUUUCCCAAAGAUAGCUUACCAAAAUCUUCAGGAAAUGAAGAUGCCCAUGCGCCUUUCAUCUUCAAUCCUUUUGAAAAGAGUACUGCACAGACAUUUAGUAAUGAGAAACUUUUAAUUAAGGAUGAACUAUACCAACUAAAGGUGACACUUCAAAACCCUUUUAGUUUCGAGUUAGAGGUUAGUGAUAUUCUGGUAUCAAGUGCGGAUGAUUUCCCUCUUGAGACUGUACGAAUGGCACUUGGACCAGCCAAUGAGGGACUCUUCAAUGGUAGACCCAAACUCAAUGGGCUAAACUCUCCAGUUCCUUCAAGGCUGCUUACUCAAAGUAAGUUUUCCGUGAACAAUCCCAAAUCAAGAAAUGAAAAGGCACUUGCUGAUUCUAAAAGUGCUUCCGCUCCGGGAUUGAACACUUUUGAUACAAAUGGGACCACCAGUUACAAUAGUACCACUUCUCAUGUGGUUUCAUUAAUUGUCCCUGCAAAUUCGUUUGAAGUCUUUACAUUUCCUUUCAAAGCGUUGAAGUCAGGAGAGGUAUGUUUGGAUGGUCUUCAUAUAUCCAUAGGCAAAUGUGAUUCCCUGAAGUUUUACAUUGUCAAGGAUGUAAAAUAUGACAUCAGUAAUAAAAUCAAGCCAAUUAAAGACAAGAAGCCAAAAGAUUCUGAGGAUUCUUCAAGUCUGAAAGCCACCAGUGAACAAAUAACUAGGUCUGUACUAAACUUGAACGUCAUUGAACCUCAACCAACUUUAUCACUAGUGGAUCUUCUGGUUACUAACGGAUGGCUAAUGUUACUUGAAGGAGAGAAGUACAAGUUUCUGAUUAGACUUGAGAAUCUGUCUAAGGAGAUAAUCAACUAUUUGUCAUUUUCCUUUUGGGAUUCAACCAUCCAGAUGUGGACUUCAAGGCUAAGUAAUAGUGUGGUCGGCAAUCAGCUUUCAGCACUUGAGAUAUAUGAACUUGAAUGGCUUUUGAUCAAACUCAAGUCUUUUAAAAUCUUGAACAAGAGGGAGAUCAGUGAGAAAUAUAAUACUAUCAAACCCAACCAGGAAAUUAGAAUCAACUAUGAGGUAACUGGUAAAAAGAAUAUGACUGAACUGAAGAUAAUCUUGGAAUAUGCCAAUAAAAAGGCCGAUAACCCAAAAAAUAGCUUUCUCAAGAGCAUUGAGGUGCCAUUAAAUUUAACAGUGAUUCCUUCAAUUGAAUUGAUAAAUUGUGAUAUACUUCCACUAUUUUCAUCCACCUUAAACGGAUUCAAAAGCUCAUCUGCAAAUGAAAAGGAAGCCUUGAAGAACCUCGGUGAUCUCAAACUCUUCAUGAAGAACAUCGAUGGAAAUAAAGACAUUUCGGAUUAUUGUUUGAUUAUCUUAGACUUGAGAAACUCCUGGUCAGAGGAGUUGAGUAUUUCUAUCAACUUUAUGUCAGGAGCUGACCAAGUGUUCAAGAUCAAUGAUACAUUAAGACCAAGAAAGGCCGCAAGAUAUUUGAUACCGACAAGGAGAGUUGGAUUCAAGGAUUUGGAUUUCAAUAAGAGAAUUCCUUCAUUGAGAAACAAGCAGUAUGUUAAAGACUACCUGAUUUCUGAAGCUGAAGAUCUUGAAAUGAGACAAUCUUUUUGGCUUCGGGAGAAUUUCUUAAGUAGAAUCAGUGGUAAGUGGUCCAAUUCAGUAAGGCACGGAACCAUCAGCUUCAGAAGUAUAAGGCUCACUAAUAAGAUGGUCAACUCAUUAAUGUACUCGAGAAUCAAGAUCACCCACCACAUUUUGAACGAGGAAGACCUCUCUUGCGUUGCCCGUUCUGGGGUUCACUUAGCGUUACAAACUGAACAGUUCUACAUCAUGAGGACCGUUAUUACUAAUUAUUCCGACCAACCAAUCUCAGGUAUCCUAAGACAUUUGCCAUAUCCGUUGAUUAACAGCAGCCAAAAUUAUUCCCAGAUACCCCACAAAGAUCAACUAAAUAUCGACAAGAAGAUUCUAUUCAACGGACUAUUACAAUUAAAGUUACCAGAAGUCGUCGAGCCAAAUCAGUCUUUGACAGUGGAUUUGAGUUUUACUAUCCUCGAGCGAGGAGAAUACGAGUGGGGAUCAUUAUUAGAUGCUGUCAGUGACUCCAUCGAAGCAUUCAAGGUGACCAGCAGAGAACUGGUAUACGUAGUAGCAUCGUAGCAUAACAUUAGUAAUUGCAUAGCAUUAAUAGAUAAAUUUAUUGUAAUUAUGUACAAGGGUUGAUAGUGUUUGCUUUACUUUUUUCCUGGAGCCAACUUGAAAGGUAAUUCUUGUGCUCCCUCGGCCUCAAGUUUUUUGAUGUAUCUUUCUCUAGUGAUAUCGUUAUACCUUUUCUCCUGGAAGUACUUGAACCAACUAGCCACACAGUUGUUCUGAAACUCGGUUCUCAAAGUCCCACAGUUGUUUUCAACUGCAUCUUUUUGUUUGGCAUCCAACGAGUUGUCGAUUCCGUGCGCGGUUAAGCAUUCAAAAAACCUGUCACGGCUGUCCCAACAUGUUUGUCUUUUGUUUUUAUCUGGAGGGGCUUGUACCUCACUGCUAAACCAACCCAUAAUAAAGAAGGUAUUGACUAGUGAAAAAUCGAAAUCGCGAACUCGAUCAAGGAUGAGGUUCCUGUGGAGCAGAGUAAACCGUUGUUUUAGCUGAUGUUAGGCUUGAAGGAUCCUGAUGAUGAUUCGAUCAUUAAUCUGAACAAGUACAACCUGUUUGUCUAAGAAUGAAGCUUGAAGCGAUAUUUUCUGCAGAAUCAGUAACAGGUUUCAAAGUCACUCAUCGUGAUUGCGGCCCAUUUUUGUGAGAUGAGCAUUCAACUUUAACUGUGGAAAAUCCCCAAAACCACACACCAUGUCAGACAUUGAAGUAGACUUUCACCACGAUCCCAAUGAUAUAGAACACAUGCAGUUUGACAUCAGGUACCGUUCUAGUUCAAUCAACUCGUCAAGUGGACAGACACUCCCCAAAAUUAAGAUUCUUGGAACUGGAGGUACCAUUGCAUCCAAAGGAACUUCAGCGCAUCAAACAGCCGGUUACAAGGUUGAUUUGACAAUAGAGGAGAUGGUUCAGUCUAUUCCUGACUUGGGUAGUACCUGCGAGUUGUCGUACGAGCAGAUUUUGAAUGUGGAUUCCAAGGAAAUAGGUGCAAAAGAGUUGCAAGUUAUCUACAACGCAGUAGUUGAUAAUAUUGAGGAGUAUGAUGGGUUGGUGAUCACACACGGAACAGAUACAAUGGAAGAAACUGCUUUUUUCUUACAGUUCACCAUCAAAACAUCCAAGCCAGUUGUUAUGUGUGGUUCAAUGAGACCUUCAACUGCGAUUUCAUCAGAUGGUCCCAUGAACUUAUACCAAGCAGUGGUGAUUGCCUCCCACCCUGAGUCCAGAGACCGGGGGAUUUUAGUGGCAUUCAACGACAGAGUGAUUUCAGGCUAUUUCUUGAAGAAAAGUAAUGCUAACUCUCUUGAUACAUUCAAUGCCAUAGGCCAAGGGUAUUUGGGGAACUUUGUCAAUAACCAGAUUUACUACUAUUUUCCACCUUCAAAGCCUAUGGGAGUGUCAUACUUGCCGAUUCCACCAGGAUUCGACUUUCAGUUCCCAGAAGUCACGGUUUUAUUCGGACACCAGGGAUUUAAUGAUGAUUUGUUGCCUUUACUCUUUGACAGUAUCAAAAUCAAAGGGUUGGUAUUGGCAACAAUGGGGGCCGGUUCCAUGAAGGACACCACCAAUAAAGUUGUGUUUGAGCUCAGUAACAAGUUCAAGGUACCUGUCAUUUAUUCCAAGAGAUCUAUGGAUGGGAUGGUUACUGUUGGCUCAUUACCUAAGUUUGAAGGGUCACCCUGUAAUAAUCUUAUUGCUAGUGGAUCAUUAAGUCCGCAGAAAUCCCGGAUUCUCCUUCAAUUGUGUUUAAUCAACAACUUCAGCGUGGAUACCAUCAAGUCGUACUUCAAGAAAGUAUACGGAGGUUCAUAAUAUAUUUAUAUUGAUAUUAAUAAACACAGCUAAUGCUACACAUACGGGACCAUAAACACAACCAUUUACUUGUAAGCUUCUUCCACUCUGUCCUUACAAGACUCCAAGAUCUUUUUUCUUUGUAACUUUUGUGCUGAAGUAACAAAACCGUUUUGUGGAGUCCAUUCUUCGUCCAAUAACACGAUAUUUUGCAAUAAUUCGAUACCCCUUAACCCUUGAGACUUACCGGUGGCCAAAAGGGAUUUUAAAACUGCCUUCGAAACCUUCUUGUCGUGACACAAGUCAGCCAAAGCCUUUGACUUCAACUCGGAAUCAGAGUAGAUGUUCGAUUCCUUCAAAAAACUUCUCAAAUGAGGUUCGUUUGGUAAAAUCAUAGCCACAGGCUUAACUUUGGUCUGAUCAGCAUAAACACAAAGGUUCAAGACGUUUGUGUUUGAUCUGUAAAUAGAUUCCAACUUUUCCAAAGCAAUAUAUUCACCAUUCAAAGUCUUCACCAAGUUCUUUCUUCUAUCAAUGACCUUCAAGUUACCGUUGGCAGUCCAUUCACAGAUAUCACCAGUCUUGAACCAGCCAUCUGGAGUGAAAGCAUCGGCCGUUUCCUUUUCAUUCUUAUAGUAUUCCUUGGUGACAGGUGGACCUUGUAACAAUAAUUCACCUUGGUUGUUCUUAGCAAAGUAACCAGCUUCUGGAACGUCAAUCAACUUGGCGGUGACGGAACCCAAAAGACAACCAGCAAUUUCGAAAUCAAAGUGAUCAGGGUCAACAAUAGUGGUAUUGGCAACGGUCUCUGUUAAACCGUAACCCAUCAACAUGGGACAAAUCAAGGUACUGAUAAACACUUGUGCAUCUCUGGAAAUUGGAGAACCACCGUUAAGACACAACUUCAAACAACCACCGGUGGCCUGCUUAACCUUUUUGAAAAUCACAUCGAACAAUCCUGAACCAGGCAUAUUGUAGUCCUUAAAUGCCAACUUGGCCUUGAAAGCAGCCCAAAAGAUUUUUUGGGUGAGUGGAGGCAAUUCCUUAACCUUGGCCAAAAUUCCUUUUCUAACCGAUUCCCAAACGGCUGCAACCCCAACCAUGACAGUCGGUUUGAAUUCAAUCAAAUCAGAUUUACAGUUUUUACAGGAUGCGUCAGUCAACGUCUUGACGUUGGCAUAUCCCAAAGUAGCACCCCACCAGAAACAAGUCACUUCAAACGCCAAUUCAAAGAUGUGAGCCAAUGGCAAGAAUGCAACCACCCUAUCGGUGUUUUGCACCACGUUUCUACCAGCUACGGUGGAAACUCCACCCACACCCGAAACAACAUUUUCGUGGGAUAACACCACCCCCUUUGGGUCCCCGGUGGAACCAGAGGUGUACAUGAUACACGUCAAGUCUUCGGGCUUGGCGGUCUUGAUGGCAUAUUUGGGGUCGUUUUCAACUUCUUUACCCAAUUUGAGUACAUCUUCGUAGCUGAUAAAGGUGAUAUCGGGGUUUAUUUCCAAGAUCUUCGCCUUGGCCUCGGAGGCAGACUUGUAGAAAAGCCCGCCUUGACGCUUGUCGUUCUCAUCAAUUGGGUCAAAGUGGAUGAUAUACUUGAUGGAGGUGGCUUGCUUGAUCGGAUUGAUCAAGUUGCCCAACAACAAGUUAUCGGUGAACACAGCCGAACUGUCAGUUUGCACCAACGAAUGGGUCAAUCCUUUUUCCCCCAAGGUGUCAUAGGCGGUGACAAUGGGAAUGUUCUGAGAGCUACAAGCCAAAUAGGUUUGCAUCCAUUUGUGGGAGGUGGACGCAAAAAUGUGCAACUUGUUGGCCUGUUCAGGCUCAAUUCCC